AUGGCUGAGAAUACUCAAAAAGAACCACCGCUACAAACUAUGAGUGGCUUGCCUCCAAACUCCAACCCAUGGAUGUACGGUUAUUAUCCUGGGUACAACGGUUACCAAGGAGGAAUGUUUCCGCACUUUUAUAAUCAACAACAAUAUUUUAACCAAAUGGCAAACAAUGUCGGAUUCCAUGGCGUAAAUCAAUUUCAGCCAAAUAAGGAGGCGAAAUCUGAUUUUGGAAAUCAACAAUUUUCAAAACCACCCCCUCCUUUAUUAGGAAUGUCUCCACUAGAUACCAAUCGGCCGUAUUUCAAUCAAUCGCCUAUCAGAUUUAAUCUCAACAGUAGUCGUAAGUCUGCACCGAUUCCUCCAAGUGAGAAUCCUCUUUUGAAUAAUACUAAUGUCAAUAACAGUAGCAACAAGAAGAAGCGUAAAAAAGGUAAUCAAAAAAAUGUCCAGGGUUCUCACGACUCUUUACUGCCGCCGUUACCUGACCAUCCACCUCCUUUGCCCCCAUGCCCCCCUCCAGAAGAUCUACCUAAACCUCCUCCACCACCACCACUUGAAGUUCCUCUUCCCCCUCCUAUUGCGACAGAAGACAUUCCUGAACCCACAGAGCAGCCAAAAGAUACUAUUAACAGAGAGGAACCGCAAACUAUUUUUUCAAAGAAUGACCACUCUGAUUUUCUACAUUCAUCAUCAAUGCAAACAACAGCUGGAGUAUGGCCUGAAAGUUUAGAACGAUAUAUAAAAAGGUGUUAUGAAAAGUGUAAAACAGGUUUUGAUCGUGAUCAAAUAGAUAUAUGUUUAAAAGGGCGAAUUACUGCUGCUGCGAAUAAGGAUGAAAUUUGGACUAGGAACUGGGAUGAAGAACCUAUCCCUAGUGUAUACAGUGAACGAAAUAAUUUACAAGUAAAACCUGUUCAAGGUGCAUUAGGUUUAUAUCAAAAAAAUGACAGUUCACCCCAAGUUAACAAACUUAAACAGAUAUUGGCAGCAAAAGCAUACCUACCUAAAAAUUCACAGAGAAGAAGACGUCCACAUUCUCGCAGUAGGUCACGAAGCCCAUCUAGGAAAAGGCAUAGCACCUCAUCUGCUUCUGGGGAUGAAGUUGAAGAUAAGAAAGUAUUUAAAGGUAAAAAUAAACAGAAAGUCAAAGAUAGGUUAUCACUUGAUUCAAAGAAAAUUGAAAAAGUUCAAAAAAAGGCUAAAAAGGUAGCUUAUAGUCAGUUUCAUGUUGAAGAUAUGCAAGGCAAUGCUGAAAAACUUCAAAAGAGGGCACAACGCUUUGGUAGCAAUCAUAUCCCUUCAGUUGCUAGCUCAUUUCAGGUUAAGUCAAACAAAUUAGAUCCUACUGUUAGAAAUCCUAUUCUGCAGGAUAAUGAAGGAGAUUAUGAGCUUAAUAAUAUUCAUAUAGUAGGAACUUGCUUAGACAUAGAAAAAUCAUUCUUAAGAUUAACUAGAGCACCAGAAGCAUGUGAGGUUCGGCCUGUUUUUGUACUGAGGAACUCUUUAAGAAAUGUUAAAGAUAAAUGGAUAGAAAAACAAGAUUAUAGGUACGCGUGUGAUCAGUUGAAGUCUAUACGUCAAGAUUUAACAGUACAAGGUGUAAGAGACCGGUUUACAGUUGAAGUUUAUGAAACUCAUGCAAGAAUAGCUUUAGAGAAAGGUGAUCAUGAAGAAUUUAAUCAGUGCCAAACACAAUUAAAAAUGUUAUAUUCAGAAUUGCCAGAUUGCAGAGUUAAUGCUGCUGAAUUUACUGCUUACAGAAUAUUGUAUUAUUUAUUUACUAAAAAUACUCUUGACUUGACAACAAUAUUUAAGUUUCUAUCCAAAGAAGACAGAGAAAAUGAUUGUAUUAAACAUGCUCUGAGUACAAGGUGUGCAUGGGCAACAGGCAAUUUGCAUAAAUUCUUCCUCUUGUACAAGACUGCUCCCUUGAUGGCUGGCUACCUCAUGGACUGGUUUGUGGAAAGAGAGCGAAAGCAGUAUCUCAAAUACAUCAUAAAGUCCUACAGACAGAGUGUUCCUGUGGACUUCAUCACUCGGGAGCUGGCGUUUGAGUCAAGUUCUAAGGCCUUUGAAUUCUUAAAUCAGUUUCCUCUUUCCUAUACUGGUUGUGACCAGACUCAAAUUGAUUGCAAAGCCAGCCUCCCAGCUGUUGCAAAUAUAUAA